AUGUUGAAGAAAUAUAAAGAUAUUAUACAGGAACAAGAAAAUAGAGGUUUCAUUGAAAGAGUAGACGAAAGUUCCAGAGCAAAACGCGUGCAUUAUAUACCACAUCAUGGAGUUGAAAAGAAUUCCACAACAACGCCCAUACGAAUAGUCUAUGACUGUAGUUGCCGCCAAUCAGAAAGAAGCCCAAGUUUAAACGAUUGCCUUGAAUCCACACCUCCAGAGCUGAAUGAUCUAACCACCCUUCUGUUAAGAUUUCGGCUUGGUAGAUACAAUCCCAAAAGCCAGCUUGUGACAUACAGAUUUCGAGUUGUUCUUUUUGGAGCCACAUGUUCCCCAUUUAUUCUCAAUGCUACAUUACUAAAACACAUGACCCUGAAUGCAAGUAACCCUGCCGCUAAUAUAAUUACCAGAGACCUGUAUGUCGACAAUGUAAUUUCAAAUUUUCAACAAGAACAGGAUCUUCUUACCUAUUUCCGGUACGCACGUGCUCUCAUGUCCGAAGCAGGAUUCAAUCUGCGAUCGUGGACUUCAAACUCCAGUAAAUUAUGUGAACUCGCAGUAGCUGAAAAAGUCUUGGACAAGGAUAAAGUUGUCAAGGUAUUAGGAAUGUUAUGGGACCCGGAUAAUGACGAGAUGUCGUUUGUACAGCGCACGAUAGUAAACUCUGAGAGAACAACCAAACGUUCUAUUCUCAAACAGACUUCAAAAUUAUAUGACCCCCUGGGAUUGCUUAGCCCAGUAACUGUACGCGCCAAAUUACUAGUUCAAGAGCUAUGGAAGAAGAAAUUUGAUUGGGACACACCACUUCCGGUUGAUAUCAUUAACACCUGGGCUGAUUUGAGCAUCGACCUGAACAGCGUAAUUCAGACCAAGUUCCAGAGACCAUAUUUUCCCACCACUGAAAAUACAGCAAAUUCUGCCGAUUUUAAUUUACACGUGUUUGUUGAUGCAAGUGCACGUGCUUAUGGAGCUGUAGCGUAUCUUACUUCCGGUCAUACAUCUACCCUUGUAUUUGCAAAGAAUAGAGUCGCACCUGUAAAAGAGAUAACUUUACCCAGACUAGAACUGAUGGCAGCACUCAUCGGUGCACGUGUAACCCACCACGUGUCAAAUGCAUUCACGUGCAAGAAAAUCACAUGUUGGUCCGACAGUCAAAUAGUAUUAAAAGAGCUGAGAUUAGCAGAAGGAAAACUGAUUGAAACUUGCCAACAACAAUAUUUCCCAGACGUAAUUCAAGAUCUUAAAUCCCAGAAAAAACGCAGUCCAAUAAUUCGACAGCUAAGACUUUAUUUAGACAAGGACGGUUGUAUUCGUUGUGGCGGAAGAAUACAUAACGCACAGUUGCCAGAGACAACAAGAUUCCCGUUCCUUAUGUCCCCAAAGAGUCAUGUCACCAGACUGAUAAUAGAAGACGCUCAUUACAAUCAGUUACAUGCAGGUGUCGCCCAUACUGUUACCCAUCUACGCCAGAAAUACUGGAUACCAUCAAUCAGACAGCACGUGAAAAGUGUUCUCCGAAGAUGUGUCAUUUGUAGAAAAGUUACAGGAAGACCCUAUACCGCCCCAGACCCCCCACCACUUCCGGUUUCCAGAGUAAUCGUCGAACCACCCUUCUCCGUAACAGGUGUCGAUUUCACAGGGGCACUUUACAUUAAAGAAAAGCAAGUUCAGCAGAAGGUAUACAUAUGUCUAUUCACAUGUGCCAAAACCCGUGCUAUUCAUCUAGAAAUAGUUCCAGACCUUACAGAAGAAUCAUUUAUGUUAGCCUUCAGACGAUUCAUCAGCAGACGAUCAUUACCAAGACUGAUGAUAUCUGAUAAUGGUACCACUUUUCAUGCAGCAGCCAAUCAAAUUCGGCGACUCUAUAAUUCGCAAAAUCUUCAUACUGCCCUUACACAUAGAGGAACACACUGGCAGUUUAUUCCAAAAAGAGCACCUUGGUUUGGUGGAAUGUGGGAGCGACUAAUUGGUGUAAUGAAAACAGCGAUUAAGAAAGUUCUCGGCAAAGCUUCCAUUAAUUUGCAAACGCUGCAGACGAUAGUUACCGAAGUAGAGGCAAUGAUGAACGAUCGACCGAUUACCUACGUUUCAUCUGCUAGAGAUGAUCCAGAGCCUCUCACCCCUUCACACUUACUACAUGGACGCAGACUGACAACUCUACCAUUCUACAAUACUGUGGUAACCAACGAUACUCCCGGUUACCUAAUUAAUCACUAUUGGCACCGCUGGAAACACGAGUAUCUGACGUCAUUAAGAGUAUACCAACGGUCGAGUGGUACCACAAACCAGACUAUUCAGGUUGGUGACGUUGUUAUUGUCCAAGACGACUUUACACCCAGGCUACAGUGGAGCCUUGCGGUAGUUGAUGAACUUUUAACGGGAAAUGACGGGUUUUCGAGGGCCGCGAGGAUACGUACAUCCGGAGGGCUGACUACACGACCGAUUAUCAAAUUGUACCCAUUGGAAAUUAUCCAGAAACCAGAUGAAUAG